CAAGGUGGUAGUGUUGCAUAACAUUCGUCGUCGUCCAGUUGACAGAAUUUUCAAGAUGGAAUCCAAUCGGACCUCGCAAACACAGAAGACAGGGGAAAUCACGGAAAUAUAUCCCAUUGACCUCCCAGAUCUAGAUUACAGGGAACUAAGUUCAACCUCUGAAAACAUAUUGACCUCCCUGGCGUCAAACACCUAUGAAGGAGAGCGUUGGUUUCUACCCUCAAAUGGCUCAAAGAUCUAUCACCUGCCAAAUUGAACCCCUUCAUCAGGUGGAGGUGACACAUGACAACGUGAGCAGACUCCAGCUGUUCGGUGAUGAUGAUCCACCUUGCACUCUGCUGACUCUGCACAUGCCUGCAGAUGGAACUCAAGUGGUGGCCCUGAACCUGCAUGGAAAGUGGUGGUCUUUAAAUGAUGUUUUGAAGACAUCCAUCAAAUCCAGAUCUGGUCUUGUGAUGGUGCAGUCUGUUAUGGAGAGAGUGAUACUUUUCCUGCUUAGUCAAAUCAUUUUUGGAGUUUUGGAGAGGCCUUCAGGGGAAGAGAUUUACUUCUCACCUCACCCAAUGAGGGAAUUUGGCAAAAUUCUAUGGCAUAAUGGAGAGGCAGUUGGAUUCUACACCAUCAAAAAGAAAGGAAGUCUGUGUGAUGGAUUCACUCGUCGAAGCUAUCAGCUUUCUGUCCUUGACACUGUGUUUGUGAGGACUCAGUGGAGGAGGAGUGGUCUGGCACUGCAGAUCCUGGCAGACUUCUGUAAAUCCCUCCCCAACGAGGAAGUGAUAGGAAUCAGCUGUCCCAUAACCCCAAGUAUGAUUAAAGUGUGCAGCAAGUAUCUGCUGAUGCACCAGGACCAAAGGGACCGGCUCUAUGAGGUGGAAGCUCCUGGGUGCUGGGGCCAGAGACGGAACAUAUGGCUCAACAUACAGCUCAACCGAAGCACAAACAGUGAGGCCCUCCCUAGGUUUGGAUCAGGGUGUACCAAUGCAAAGGCUCAAGUGAUGAGCAAUGUCCAACAACAUUGAACAAGGAGAAGAGAAACUAUAAAUAAUCAUCAUCAGGUUAGGUCAUUUAUUUUUCUAUUUCAUUAUGGUUACGGAGUAGUAGUUAGGAGGGACUGUUUAUGACCUUGUUUUAGCUUUGGUCUCAACCUCAAGUGACUUUUAGAGUCCAUCACAACAAAUUUAGCAACCACUGGAUAUUGUAACUAAGACAAUUUAUAAUAUGUAGGAGGAAAAUAAGCGAACGUAUCCAUGGGUUAGGGAAAUCAAUGUGUAAUGAAAUAUAUUACAUCUGAUUUAGCCUACUCACAUUGUCUGAGGAAUGUGUAUUUAUAACUGUACUAUCUGCCUCUUGCCUGACCCUUCCCUCAAGAUGUCUCUUGAUUAUUGGUUUUCUGAUGGUUUGGCUGUGAUCACCACAGAAGUAAAGGAGAGAAGCUACCGGCAGACGAGGCUGAAGGGAGUGCUAAUUCCAAACAGGCUGGGACAUGAUAUUAAACCUCAGACCACAGAUGGAUCAUGGUUCUCAGAAGACUUCGAGUCAUGUUUUUUUAUGUCAUUUGUAGCAGGACAUAGAAGGGCAUUUGUGUCAGUUGUUAUUUUGAGCAACUAUAACGUGUUGACUAAGGCUAGAAAUAAUGGAUGUUCAAAAUGUUAAACAUUUUGGGACCUGAACUGCAAAUAAUACAUAUCAGUUUCAUAUUCUGCUUAAUAAAGUGAUAACAUCAUCA